AAUAUUCUUUGAAGUUAAUUUCGAUGAUCUUAUCAGUUGAGAUUGACUGGAUAUUGGAAUUUAACACUUUGUUUGUUGUUUAUGAAUUCGUGAUUGUAUUUGCUUUUGAUUAAGAAAUGAGGGAAUUGGGACUGUGAAUUGGAUCAUAAAGUCGUUUCUUUGUUUAUGUUUUAAUCGUUGUUCUUAUAUAAUUAAAAGUUGGAAUCUGAGAGCUGUUCUUAUGUCAAAUGGUAAUUUGGAGUGUUUCUUAACGGAUUAGCUAGGGCUACUUGUUAGCUUAACUGGGAAUAGUCGUUUUUAAGGGUCCACAAUUAAGACUCCUAUUUGCACCCAUAAAUCAUUCAUUUCUAGCCAUUCACUGCCACCUGCCUGCUACUGUAAACAUGUAAAGGAAAACCCAUUAAUAUUAUAUAAUAUAAACUUUGAACUUCUGGAUUUUAUCUUUCAGGAGCUAAAAAUCUGCAGCUCUUCUUUGAUCAAUGUAAUGGAGAAGUUGGUUUCGGAUAGUAGUUUGAAAGUCACCCCUAUGAAACAUAUCAAAGAAAAGAAAACGGUGGUAUAUGUAUACUUUGCUUGUGUAAAUGAAAGAACUAAGGCUGUGAAUUUACCUUUUCUCCCCUUCUUCUUUUGAGGGUUUCUUGCUGAUGUUCUAGCAGUGGCGGAGCUCAGAUAAUAUUUUUGGGAGGGCUGAAUUACACUUAAAAACGUGUAAAAUUUUGGAGGGGCUAAUCAAUUCGAUAAAUUUUUAUAAUGCUUCAAAUGCACACUAUUUAUUAGGCAAUUCUUGGGAAUUUUGGAGAAGCCAUGGCCAUCCCAUGUAUCUAAGGAGCUCUGUGUUCUACAGACUAAAGAAUCGAAACUUAAAGUCAGGAUCCUUGUGUAACAUUAACAAACCCUAUGUGCAUAGCAGUGUUUCUUUGGCAAGCUCAUCCUCUUUACCCGUUCCUCUUGUUACUUAAUAGAGAUGAAUACCACAGCCGGCCAACGAAGCCGUUGUCUUGGUGGGGAAGUGGAGAUCAGAUUUUGGGUGGGAGAGAUGAGCAGGCAGGUGGGACAUGGUUGGCUUGCACUAAAGAUGGCAAGAUUGCUUUUCUGACUAAUGUUAGGGAAAUUAUAUCAACUCCUACAGACAGUAGCAGAGGAGAUCUUCCUGUUAAUUUCUUGCAGAGCAACAAGAAUCCCAAAGAUUUCGCGGAGGACCUUGCGAAGAAGGCAGACAAGUAUAAUGGAUUUAAUCUGAUAUUAGCUGAUAUCUGCUCCAAAUCCAUGGUUUACAUAACCAAUAGACCAAAAGCAGCAAAUACAUCCAUCAUAGAUGUACCACCUGGAAUGCAUGUAUUAUCAAAUGCAAGCCUGGACUCUCCUUGGCCUAAGGCUCAGCGAUUGCGCCAAAAUCUCAAAGAUGUAAUAGAUAACUAUGGUGAAACUGAGCUUCCUGUAAUAGAGAUGGUUGAAAUACUAAUGACGAACACUGUUAAAGACGAAGAAAGCAUGUUGCCAAAAAUCUAUCCUUCUGAGUUUGAAUAUCAGUUGAGUUCCAUAUUCGUGGAUACAGACACUCCAUUGGGACGAUAUGGAACUAGAAGCACUUCUAUGUUGUCAGUUAAAUCAAGUGGAGAGAUCAACUUCUACGAAAGGUAUCUCGAGAAGGAAACAUGGCACGAGCACAAAGACAGUUUCUGGAUAGAGAAGAUGGAGAAAACGGACGAAAUUAACUCAGCCUCAUCCUUUUGAGAAAAGCAAGUGACCUUUUCAUCCAAAAGUCAUUGUUCAUAUGAAAAUUUUGGAAGCUGUUACUCUUUGGAAACAAUUUAUACUUAGAACAGCAUCUAUAAUAGCACUUCUCGUGAGAAGUUCUUGCCUAGACCAAGUCUUCAUGGACAAGUAUAUGCAUGGGGUGGGCAUAAGUGGGGUCUAUUAUAUGUGAAUGUGGUUCAUGAUGGAUUUGGUGGGUCCAUGUGGUAUAGCGUAGGAGGUUUAUGUGGUGAGGGUUUGAAGGUAUUCUUCAUAUAAGAAAUCUUAUGGCCCAUUGGGUUUUUUUCAAAAUUUUUUAUUUAUACGGUAGCUUUUAUUUAUUUAUUUAUACAGUAUAAUUUUUGUUA